AUGGCAAAGGGGGGAAGCAUGAAGGGGCACAUGCAGAGUCAGAACAAUGGGAGUAGAGGAAGAACAUAUGCAGUGCUGGUGCUUCUGGCAUUUGGGGCUGCUAUUUUUGGAGUUAUGAUUCUCCACAAGCUCAGGGAGAGGCGCAUCUUCAACCUCCUUGUCAAGGAUAAAGAAACUGAACUCAUCGACCUUAAACUCCUAUUGCAGAAAGAAAGAGAACAUACACAAGAAGCUAAAAGGAAAACAGAGGAAAUGAGAUCCAAAAUACACUCACUUCGUACUCAGAAAAGGGAUCUCGACAGCAGGAUCUUGGAGAUGAAAUCAACAAUCUCUUCCCUUAAAGAUGAACAAAGAAUAAUUGAAGCGGCUCUCAAGGAAAAGCAGGAUGAAAUCAAGAUGCUUAGAGAAAAACAUAUGGAAACAAACCCAGAUAAUUCCCAUGUUAAGCUUCUUUCUGAAUCAUUGCGACAGAAGGAAGCUGAAGUUGAGGAUUUAAAACACCGUCUUGAAUUACCUGUAAAGGUCUGGUCAGUGAGUGCAGAUGAUCCAUCAAAUCCACCUAUAAACUUCACCACCAAGGCUACUGAAAGAAAAGAAGCAAGUGAAGGAGAAACAGAAGAAUCACAUCAAUCCUUUAGGAGAGAUGACCAGAAGAAUUCAACAGAAAAUAUACAGAGAACUGCUGAUGAAUCUGCCCUCAGUCGAAAUGAAGGUACAAGGCAAGGUGAAGACAGAGGACAAGCACAAGAUGGAGAGACAUCUGCUGACAGGAAGAGCAAUAUUGGAGAACAGGAGUCUCAGGAGUUGAGAACUGAUCAAGAAGAUGUUCCAGGCAACAGAAGCACCAGUUUUCAGAAUUUGGAUGGCCAAAGAGAGGCUGCUGACAGUUCCAAAGCUGGGGAAAACUUCCUAGAAGAGAAAAGGUACAAUAGCAGAAAUGCAACUGUGGAAUCUAUCAAUCAUAGUGGUCUAGUGCAAAAGCAAAUCAAUGAAGUUGGUGUAGUAGAUGCCCCAGACUGGAAAGAACAUGGAAGAGCACUGGAAGAUGAUCAAGGAAAUUUUGCGGAUUCUCAAGGUAAUAACCAGCAGUCUGGACGGAAGGACAAUCCCAAGAGUAGAGAUAGAUCAAGAGUGAACCAGGAGAACAUAAGAAAGACAAAAGGGAAGAGCCGACGAAUAAUUGCAGAGAGCAAGGUCACUGAAAGUGGAGGGCUUCCUGAAAAGAGAAGCAUUGUAAGCAUGAGAAACAGAAAGUUCUUUGAAGAAAUGCAUGGAAGUGAAACAAAUGAGAGAAUGGGAGGCAGUAAACAGGAGAAACAGGAACAUCAGCAAGAUCAAAAUAUGGACCUAAACAGGAAUAACGGAUCUGCUCCAGAAAAUCAAAGGAUUGACAUGACCGAUAAAAAUCAGCAAUUUAAAGAUUUGGAGGAAACUUUUGGAAACCAAAUCAGGUCAGAACAAGAACAGAGACCAGAAAUGGGCAGACAGCAAAUGCAAGAUGAUAGCUCAAACCUCGAUGAAGCUCCACCACGUAACGCAUUACUUAACCCUGAGAAAUCUGCAGGUGCCAAAGAAAGUAGCCAAGGCAGGAAAGCUAACACAAAUGAGAAAAUUGAGAAAGGGCAAGAAAGAGAAGUCAAAGACGCAGAAUCUGAGAUAGCCCAGAGCUCUCAGGAAGUGCAUGCGAAGAUAGCUGUUUCUGAGGUCAACAGAGUUCCAAAAGAGGUCAGAAAUAGAAAACCAGAUGAAACUGCACAAUCACAAGGCGCAACAGGCAUCAAUAGAAAACGUCAAGACCAAAAACAGGCUGUCAAUCUUCACAAUUCUCCAGAACAUGCAAAUAUUGCUGAAAGAGACGUCAAAGCAGAUGACCUUCAGUUUGAGAAUAAUCAAGAAACAGAAGGACAGCUAGACCAGUCUAAAGGAAUUUCACAAGAGACCAGAGAUCAAAAACCCAAUAGAAAUGCACAAUCAGAAGAGAAAAACACCACUGUCCUUAAAGAUACAGAGCAAAGGCUGGCCAGCAGCCUUCACAGUUCUUCCGCACAUGCGAGAAAUGCUGUAAGGGCUGUAAAAGAUGGCAACCUUGACCCGGAGAAUGAUAAGGAAACAGAAGAUGCAGACCAUUCUGCCAAUUUGGAAGAGGGGGAAGAAGACAAGGACCAAACAGCUGAGCCUGAAUUUUAG